AUGGGAGAGGUUAGGCAGGGCCGACCUAGAUCUUUACGCAUCGCAAGAAAACUCGCAGUGUUGUUGGUUCUUCUCGCUGAGGGACCUGAGUGCCCCGUUGGGAACUAUUGCGCACCAGUGGUCUUGGACCCUGCUGUACCUACUGCGCCCACAUGGGAUUUAGCUCUGGUUUUGGAGGCUUGUGCCCCCUUUGAGCCUCUGGAGUUGGUGGAUCUGAAGAUCCUCUCCUACAAGAGCUCUCUGCUUAUGGCUUUGGCCUCAGCUAAAUGUGUUGCGAGCCUCCACACCUUAUCCGUACAUGGUUCCUGUACUCAGUUCACCCCUGGCGACUCUAAGGACAUUGUUCCAGAUGAGGCCAAUGAGGGGGAGGUCUUGCCGACUUUCAUGACCUUCGAGUCUAGCAGUCAGGAUCAGGAAGACGAGGACAUGAGCUACGAGGAUAAUGCUAAUGCUAAUCUGGGUCCCUCCAAUGAGGAAGGGGUGUUCGAGGUGUCUGACAGUGGUGAGAGGAGCACCCCUGUCCUGCUGAGCGAUAAGGCACUGGUGGACCUCCUCCAGGGGGAGUCAGAGGAAGAAGAGGUGGAAGAGGAGGAGGAGGAAGAAGAGGAGGAGGGGAAGAUUGAGUCUGAGGAGACACAGUCUGAAGAGGAGGAGGGAGAAGAAGCAGAGAAAGAGGCAGAAAAGGUGGAGGCGAUGGCGGAUGAGGAGGAGUCAGUUGAGGAUGAGGAGAAGGGAGAGGAAGAGGAGGAACCUGUGUUCGGGGACGGAGGAGUAAAGCAAGAGGCUGAAGUCGAAGAGACGUACAGCAACACCGAGCCGGAGAUUCCAGAGGAUCUUGACUACGCAGGCGACAGUGACAACACACAGCCCCUGGAAACUGAGCUUGAGGAAGGGAAACCCCUCGCCGAAGACGCCCAGCUCCUCUUAAAUAAGGAAGAGGAGGCAAAGGUGGAGGAGAAAGAAGGACAAGUUAGCAAGGAAGACGAAAUCCCCACUGCCACUGAUGACUAUGAGUCCCAGCAGGACAUACAAGACGCCGAGGCCUCUGAGAGCCAGGAAGUGCUCGGCCAGUACAAACUCCCCGAGGGAAGCAAGGACCAGGAGAUAGGUUCCAAGGACGAUUCCCAAGAAAAGGGGAACAAUAAAAAAGACGGAGACACAGACGCUGAACUCCAAGAGACAAAGAACAGUGUGGAUCUUGAUGGGACACGUCUUUCUGUAGAAGGGGGAGAAGAGAAGGAGGAGAAGAACAUAAACGAGAGCGCCAGUCACACCCUAGGCAAAGCUAGGAAGCAGAGGAAGAACCAGAGGGUGAGGAAGCACCCCCCACAGAGGGACGAGGCCCCGCCAGGAGAGGGAUUCCCAGACCACCAGGGGGAUGAGGGGGAGAAGGAGCACUACCGCACCACUGACAAUGCUGUCUACAAGCCCAAGCGGAGAAGAGCAGGGAAAUGGGCUCCUCUGGUGGGAAUGAACCCGGUCCAGAUCAGGGCGACAGUGGACCUCUACCCCAGCGCCAGGCCCUCUUUGGCGGCCAGCUUAUACAGACCCCAAGCCUCCGCUGCCGACCCUUGUGAGAACUUCCGUUGUAAACGUGGAAAGACCUGCAAACUCAACGAGGAGAAGAAGCCUAUGUGCGUGUGUCAGGAGCCUUCUGACUGCCCACAGAGUGUCACUGACUAUGAUCAUGUAUGUGGAACUAAUAAUGUCACCUACGACACAUCCUGUGAGCUCUUUGCCACUAAGUGCAACCUGGAAGGCAGCAAGAGAGGCCAUAGACUUCACCUGGACUACACUGGACCCUGCAAAUUCAUCGCACCGUGUAUGAAUGGCGAACUGGUCCAGUUUCCUCUGCGUAUGCGCGACUGGCUGAAGAACGUCUUGCUGCAGCUCUAUGAACAUGACUCCAUGUCCCCUGGCUUCCUCACCCCCAAGCAACGCAUCAGAGUGAGAAAGAUCCACGAGAGUGAGAGGCGCCUCCAUGCCGGCGACCACCCCAUUGAGUUGCUGGCCCAGGACUUCGAGAAGAACUACAACAUGUACAUCUAUCCCGUGCACUGGCAGUUCGCUCAGAUGGACCAGCACCCUUCUGACAGGUUUCUGUCCCACUCUGAGCUGGCCCCCCUGAGGGUCCCGUUGGUCCCCAUGGAGCAUUGUACCUCCCGCUUCUUCCAGGAGUGUGAUGCAGACAAAGACAAACAGGUGUCCUUCAGGGAGUGGGUCCACUGCUUCGGCAUCAAGGAUGAGGACAUGGAUGUCAACCUGCUCUUCUGA